AUGCCUGAAAUGACCGGAGGCCAGGCGCUGGCCAAGUCCUUGUAUCUUGAAGGAGUCAGGGUUAUCUUCGGCCUGCCGGGCGUUCAGUUGUACCAUGCCCUUGACGGCCUGCAGGGUGAGCCUGGCAUCCGUUUCAUUACCACUCGCCAUGAGCAGGCAACAACCUACAUGGCUGACGGAUACGCUCGCGCGGGUGGUGGCAUAGGCACGGCGAUGAUGGUCCCGGGACCCGGCCUGCAGAACGCCUCGGCUGGCAUUGGCACCGCCUUCGCUGCUUCUUCUCCCAUCCUGGUCGUGUCCGGCCAGAUUGAACGUGACUUGAUAGGUUCGGACCGGGGUAUCCUUCACGAAGUUAAUGACCAGUUGGAUACCAUCCGUCCGGUAACUAAGUGGGCAAAGCGCAUUUUGGAUCCGGCGGAGAUUCCCGACGCGGUCCACGAGGCUUUUUAUCACCUCAAGACCGGGCGGCCCCAGACCUGUCGAGAUUGA